AUCUUUUCUCGAAAUACAAGUCGUCUCGUUUCAAACAUUGCCACGGAAAAAUGUAAAAAAGAAAGAAAAAAUAAAACCUCCGCCCCCUCCCAUUUCUUUUUAGUAUUUUAAUUUCACCAAUUUUUUUAACCCUAGAAGCCGUGAAGCUCUACGAAUCGGAACCCUUAAUUCGCCCGGAAUUCUCCAAAUCUUCCUUCUUCUUCUUCUUCGACGCGGUCUCCAAUCCUGUCGUCGUCCCGCUUGAUCCUGUGCCCUAAAUCUCCCCAAACGAGCAGCGACUUCGAUCCGAAUUGUGGUUUCUCAAUCCGCUCUGCCGGCCCUGGAGGUCCCGCUUCGAAGCCAGGAGUGGAGGUUUCUCGGGAUUGGGGCGCCUCAGUGUUGUUUUCUCAACUUUGGCUGGCACCUGCGAGCAAGAGUACGUUCGCGUCUUUAGAUGUCCCCUUCGCCUAUCUUCUCAAGUUACAGAGUGAAGUUCGUGAACUGAGGAAUUCUAGGUUUUGUUUGUGAACUCCGUUUCUGCUGGUGUCUGGUCUAAGCUGCUGCAACUGUGUCAUUGUGAAUGGCGAGCCCUAGUGCUCGCAAGGAUAAUACAGGAACGGGUCUGUGAUCUGAACUGAAUCAUUGCAUCUGACUUUAAACAAGUAAUUGGGUUACCGUCAUCAGUUCUGCUGUGCUGGAGGUGGCGGCGGCAACAGCGUGAGCUGGGAAAUGAGGUUGGCAAGGGAAGAGAGAUGACUAGGCUUUCGUUCAGGCCUCGGCCACUUGACAUUCACAAGAAGCUUCCCAUUGUCAAAUCCAUUAAAGAAUUUGAGGAAGAUGAGACACUUGUCACAGCUGCAUCCACCCGCAACUCACAGCUGCUCUGGACUGCAGCUGAGAAUGAGAAUGAGGUGCAUCAAACUCGUAGCAAGGCAAGUUCUCAAGAAAUACCUACCCCCCAGUUCAUUGUUGUGGACACAUACGAAAGAGACUAUGCUUGCACCUUCACACAAACCACAUCAUAUAUACGUGGAAGAGGAGCUCGGGCUGAGAUUGGUGAAUUUGUUGAAUAUGACCUGGAUAAUGAAGAUGAUGAAUGGCUUGAAGAGUUCAACCAUGAUAAGAUGACUCUUACACCUGAAAAAUGUGAGACCAUUUUGUUCAAGUUGGAGGUUAUGGAUUAUAAAGCUCGAGAACGAGCAGGAGUCAUAACACCUACUUUUGGAUCACCGAUUCCUGUUCUUUUACAACUUGAUGCAGCAGCAGAGGCUUUACAAUUCCUAUCUGUACGAUAUCCGGUAUUCCAGUCUGUAUAUAGCUAUUGGAAAGCAAAGAGAGAAUGGUGGCAAAAACCUAUAUUGCGGCACUUGCAGCCUCCUCCACCAGUUAAUGAUUCAAAUCCUUAUAAUGUAUUCAGACCGAGGGAAAAGGCACACCGUCUUCACAUGAGAAGGAUGCAAAGGAGGGAAAACAAUGUGCAGUCAUUUGAAAAACUUCGCCAGAGAGAAGAAAAGAAGCGGGAGAUUGUUGAGUGCAAGGUCAAAAUUCAAAGAAUCCAGAUUAAGUAUAAGCAUGAGGCAUAUCUCAUUGAAGAUGGAUUCCGAAGCUUCCAACAACUUUCAAGCAAAUUUACAUCAAGUGAAGAGGUUUAUGUUGAUUCAGAUGACACAAUUAAUGGUCAUCAGGAUGUUAUCUCUGCCACUGUCCAUCCAAAGUUUGCAGAUUUCAAACUUGUUGCAGUCCCUACAGUACGAAUGAAACGGGAGCUGAAGCAGAGGACUCUGUCAAAUGGGCGUACAAGAAAGAGGGACUUGUAUGAGCCAGUCAUGCUGUUCACCGAAUCUUUGGAUCCAGACAAGCUUGCUGUUGCAGGCAUUGUGCCACCAGUACUACCUGCUGAGGAUAGCUCAGUUGCACCACCAUACCAAUUCCAUGGUCGGAUUGGUCGUGGAGGGCGCAUCAUCUUUGAUCGAUGGAACCCUCUUUUUGAAGCUCCAAUUGGCCAGGAGAGCUCACUCUAUCUACCACCAAAUCCAGUGCCUCCCUCACCGAUUGGCUGAACACUUGCACUGCAGAAGGCUAUUGGCUGAUGACUCGUGGAGGAGCAGGAGCUUGUUGAAGCUGAGCAUGUUCAAUUGCUAGUUAAUGUACAAUUAUUUACUAAUUUCCAAAUUGAAAGCCAGUGCGUUAUUUUCCUCGUA